AUGAACUCUCAUGAUGAUCCUAACAGUGAAGGAGCUCAUUCCUCUUCAGAUGAUCAUACGUGGCAAGCAGCUAAAAUGCCAAAGUCAAUUGGCACUGGUCUGUCCCUUUUUGAAUUCUUUGUUCAUGGCCUUGGAAGAUCAUCUCAACAUGGUGUCGACCCAAAAGGUGAUUUCUCACCAUCAAGAGAAGGUAACAUGGAUGAUAGGAUUAGCAGUUUACCGGAGGAACUCAUCUGUCACAUACUCUCUUUUCUCCCAACGAAGCAAGUCGUCGCAACAAGCGCUCUCUCAAAGAAUUGGAAAUCACUGUGGCGUUCAGUCCCCACCUUCUAUUAUAUCGGUAAUUUUCGAAGAAUACAAGAAGGCUUUGUACAGACAGUGAAUGCUUUUAUCCACUCACGAGAUCUCCACCAACCCAUUCAUAAAUUCUGCCUCACAUUUAUGUCUAGUGGUGAUGAUCAUUCUACUUGUAUUAGAGAAUGGGUUAAUGCUGUAAUGCAACGUAGAGUUCAGCACCUCGAACUUUCCAUCUCUGUAGGAUAUCCUAUGAAACCCGCCAACAACAUAUUUCCUACCAUCUUCACUUGCCGUACUCUUGUGAUUCUCAAAUUGCAUUUUAUAGACGUGAAACUGCUUUCCACAGUGGAUCUUCCCUCCCUUAAAGUUCUGCAUUUGAUUUUAUUAGAUAGUGGAUGUCUCGCCCCGCUGCUUUCGGGAUGUCCUGUUCUUGAGGAUUUCCAAGUAAUGGGGCCUUAUAACUAUUUUGCUAAAACGGAGUUUAAAACCUUACCCAAGUUGGUCAGAGCAGAUAUUUUUACGUGGAAUACAAAUUUUUUGCUGGCGGUUAACAAUAUGGAGUUUUUGCGAAUACAUCGGGUAUUGUGGUUUGUCCAUUGUUCUUCUUUAUUCGUAAGGAAAAUAUGAUUUUUUAUUUUAUUUCUUGCUAAUGUAACUCAUGCAGAUGAAGAUGAAGGAUAUACGCCCUGAUGGUGAAGG